GCAGUUCACAGAAAAUUACAGGCGGUGACUUCAGCUGUGUUCAGGGAAAUUAUCUUUUAGAAGUUUACACGACUAUUGCAUUAAAUGUGUAAGAACGUAAAAGUAACGUAAAAAGAAUGGUGACACUCCAAAUAUUCAGAGAGACUUCACAAUUAUGUUGUCGGUCUGAUAUCGCUGAUACUGACAGACUUGUCGUACGUAUGUAUGCUAGUAUGAGCUUAAAUAUUCGUACUGCAUUUAUGUUAUAUAAUUUCAAUAUAUUUUUCUUUUCUACAUUUUUUUUACAGCGGUAUUUACCUGGGAGUGUUAUUUUCUUUAAAUAAACUAAUAUAGGCAACAUACGAUAAUUAUAAGGUAUCUUACGCAAUCGAAGUUGUGAUUGGCGGAUGUAGAAUGACGCCACGAAAACGCAGUACAUAAGAACAUCCUGUGCCGGUUAGCACGUGGCUGCGUAAAGGAAAGUCAAAUUACUUUGUAUUGUGCAGUGUGAUCGGUGCCGGUUCCAUUACAAAGCUAUACUAAAACUGUAGUAACCGCUAACUAAAGAGUCGUGAUGUCGUCUGUUGAGAACUAUGAAGAGUUGGAGUCAAAGCUCAUGAGAAAGGUGAAGGAGAACCCGUUUGUUCCUGCAGGAAUAGCAGGAUGUGCUGCAAUUGUCGCCUAUGGCCUUUACAAGCUGAAGAGCAGAGGAAAUACGAAGAUGUCCGUACACCUCAUCCAUAUGCGUGUGGCAGCCCAGGGCUUUGUGGUUGGUGCAAUGACACUUGGGGUUGUCUACUCAAUGUAUAAAGAAUACUUCACAAAGCCAAGAGUUCAAGAAAAAUGAAUGGGAGAAAUUUUAAUUUUAGCUGUACAUUAGUUUCAUUACUGUAGUUCAUACAGACUUUUGUGCAAGUUGCACUUAAUGAGGCUGUAUGCAUUUAAACAUUUUGCUUUUUGCUCAUGUAUUGUGGUUGGGAGGUGAGUGAGCAUGAUGUGUAGCACCUUCGCUUUGGAAGAGGAUAAUGUUUAUGAACUGACUUCUCAUCCUUUUAUGUUGUAAAAGACAACUGUUGGUACAUGAGACCAUUCAGCAUUUCUACCAGAGAACUUGGAUUGAAACAUUUUCCGUGUCAGUACAGAAAUGUGUAGCUCUUGGCUGAAAUUGCUUCCAGUAAGUUGAUUUUGGUAGAUGCUCAAAUUUCUACCUGUUUAUAUGGCAGGAUUAACAGGAGCAAUGUGGAGUUUGAGGGGAAAAAUGGGGAAAUGCUUUAGAAUAAUUGGUCCAAUGCAACUAGUUUUUAAUGUGACUUUGCAGCUAAACAAAACACUUUCUAUGGGCUACUAUAGCAGGAACCUGUCAGAAGCUAGACUGCUGGGUUUCUGAACUUUUUCAAACAUUUUGAAAACUAGAAUACUUGUUUUACUUUUAAACAUGGGGUGGGUUUUUUUUUUUUUUUUUUUUUUUUUAAGCUACCUUGUCAUUUGUAUUCAUCUGCUUUAGCCUCCCCCCUUCAAAUUUUGUUUCAAAGUAAUUCUUCUCAAUGGUGCCACAUACUGUUUUGAGGACCACCUAACUUAUGUAGUGUGUAUGUAUAUAUUUAAAAAUAGUGUGGAUAAACCAGUUUUAUUCUAAUUUGAUAUAAUUGUGGUGUAAAGACAUGCUUGAAAAAUAUUGGGUUUGGAUGCAGUUGAGUGUCAAGUGACUGACAUGUACGUUAACUUCAGCAGAACCAGGUUGUCUGACAGCUGUUUGAGUAAAAAUGAAAUGUAUGUUAAAUGCAGUUAUUCUGUAUAUUUUGAGAGAAAUAAAAGCUUUUAUUCAA